AAUAUAGUUUAAAACAAUGAUUCCACAAUUUAGUCGGUUUAAUUUGAGUUCAUAUUUUCCACGUGUAAUUUCUAAGGGCCUGUGUAUCAAGCGUCGCACGCAGCCAGAGUAUCAAAUGACUGCCCAAUUCAUAAAGCUCAGAUUCUCGCGUUAGCCGCCAAAAUUUCGCGGAAAUUUGAAUUUCAAAACGUCUAAAAAACAAAACGCUCUUCGAAAGUUCAAACCUUCAAAACCCUCGUUCCCUCUCUCUCUCUCUCUCUCUCUCUCUCUCUCUGAUAUUCAGUGGCGGAUGAAGGGAGAGGAAGAAUUGGAAGCUCGUUCUAGCAGAAACCCACUUCGAUCCCUCUACCAAAAUCAGAUCUUUCUUAAGGAACAGCAAUUUUCAGGUACCCAUUUCGAUUCUGGUAUGAAAUGUUGAAUUUUUACUGAAUUGAGUUGGGCGAAAACAAGAAUUGGGAGAGAAAAAGAUUGCAUUCUUUUGCUGAUUUUAGAAUACCUGAUUGAGGAAUUAUGGUGAGGGAAUACAGAAUAGAAUCUUUCUAUACUCGAUUGCGCGAUGCUGCUUCUGCCUCUUCAUCAUCACCUUUAUUGAUAUUCCCAUCCACGUCCGACGUUGAUUCCCUCUGCGCUCUCAAAAUCAUAACCCAUAUCCUCUCUUCCGAUUCCAUCAGAUAUUCUUGCUACCCCAUCUCCUCGUUUAGCGAAAUUGACAAAUUUGCAGGCCCAAAUCUCCGGUCGUCUGAUCAGCCUGUCUCACUUCUCCUCAUAAAUUGGGGCUGCCAUCGUGAUCUACGCAGGAUUCUCAGUCUGGGCCCAGCGGCUCGUGUUUUUGUUGUCGAUAGCCACCGUCCGAUCCAUCUCCACAAUCUCAGCGAGCAGAAUGAUCAGGUGGUUGUUCUUUACACCCGCGAUGAUGAGCACCAGGCUGAUCUGGCCUAUGAUUUUGAUGUGUCUGCCCUUGCAAGUGCAUCAGACUUGAACAGUGAUGAUGAGAUUGAUGAGAACUCUGAUAGUGAUGAGGAUAGUGAGAGCGAGGGUGAGGAAGGUGAAGGAGGGGUUCGAAAGCGGAGACGGGUUUCAGAAGAAUCGGAGUCAGAUCCUGUUAAGCUUUUUGGGAAGCUGAAAUCAGAGUAUUACAAGUUGGGUACUUUCCAUGGGAGGCCGUCUGGCUGUCUUAUGUUUGAUUUAUCUCAUUUGCUCCGGAAAAACUCCAAUGAAUUGCUGUGGUUAGCUUGUGUAUCUCUCACUGAUCAGUUCGUCCACGAGAGGCUGACAAAUGAGCGGUACCAAGCUGGAGUAAUGGAGCUCGAACAGCAUAUAAACAGCUCAGGUAAUCUGGAUGCAGUUACGUCUGUGACCCUGAAAGAUGGCACAAAAAUCCGAGCACCCGAUGCCUCCAGAAUAGCGUAUGAAGACGAACCGAGACUGAUGCUCUUACGGGAAUGGAACCUGUUUGAUUCGAUGCUUUGUUCUUCUUACAUCGCAACCAAACUGAAGACAUGGAGUGACAAUGGGUUGAAGAAACUGAAGCUGCUUCUUGCCCGAAUGGGGUUUGCUCUUGUCGAUUGCCAGCAGAAAUUCCAGUACAUGAGCAUUGAAGUAAAACAGAAAAUGAAAGAUGAGUUUGAAAGGUUCUUGCCUGAAUAUGGGCUGACAGAGUUCUACUACCGGAGCUUUCUAAGGCUGCAUGGUUACAGCUCAAAGGUGUCGGCUGCUGAUGUGGUUUAUGGGGUCACGGCAUUGCUAGAAUCAUUCAUGGAAGUGAAUGAUUCUUCAGUUGCUGAGCAGUUUUGGGUUGCAUAUUCGGCUCUAUCCUUGAGCAAUCUUGAUAAAUUGAGAAAGGGUAUGCAAAAUGCAAUUCAGGUGCAACGGGCGGUUUUGAGGCAAGGGAGUUCGGCGAUUAUGAAAAGCGGCUUCAUACGAAGUGGACGGAAGUUCCGGUGGGUGAAGCUCGAGGAUGCACUGGACACUAAGCUGUUGGGUUAUCCGCAAGCAUUGACGAAAUUCUGUUUUUUCUUGAUGGACGCAUUGCGUGAGAAGGGGGCGAAGAUGAAGCCUUUGAUCUGUGCUUGCUUAGCAAGAGAACCUGGCAAGGUUCUGAUUGUUGGGGUGUGCGGGAAGCCACGGCUUGGUGCGGUUCAAGGGAAUGCGUUUGGGGCUGCAUUCAGAGCUGCAGCUGAGGAGAUUGGAGGUGAAUUUUUCCAUGAGUUGUUCGAGUCGUCUUGGAUUGUUUUGGAUACCGUUGCUGUGAAUUCUUUUAUGAUCAGGAUAACUGAGAAGCUUUGAUGUAUUUGUACUGAAAUCUGUAACUGUUAAUGACAGAGAUUUGAUGGGAAUCUGAAGUUCCCAUCAAAGGUUAACUAAAAUUGCUAGUCAUGGAUUUAUGUCAGUUCUUUGAAUAUAGAAUCUCCUUCCAUGUGU